AUGUGCGAAAAAAGCGGCAACCACUUUGGAAAAGACGUUCUUCAGAGAGAGCAGACAAAAACCACAGAUGCAAACUUUGAUCACGUUGAAAUCUCCGAAUGCAGAGACACGAACACUCUUGGCAUUGCUAUUGGUUUCUUGAUCCCGCCGAUACUUGUGCCCAACGUGGAUGACAUGAAUGAACUGGCUCAACACAUCAGCAUCAUGUUCUACAUCACAGCCGCUGUGGCCAGCCUUAUCUUUCUGCUGGUGGUGUUUGUUUUUCAGGAAAAGCCUGAAACCCCUCCGUCUCUGGCUCAGGUGGCGCUCAGAGACAUGGCCACCACACAGUACUCGUACCUGGCUUCAAUUGCAAGACUUUUCCGCAACAAGCCCUUCAUCCUCCUCCUCAUUAGCUACGGACUGAAUGUGGGAUGUUUCUACGUUGUUUCCACUCUGUUGAACAGGAUGAUAAUAGAGCAUUACGCUGGUGAAGAGGUGAAUGCUGGGAGAAUUGGCUUGACUCUCGUCAUCGCUGGCGUGGUUGGCUCUCUGCUCUGUGGAAUCUGGCUAGACAAGACCAAGACUUAUAAGCAGACGACGCUCUCAGUGUAUCUGCUGUCGUUUGUGGGGAUGGUGAUCUAUGCUUUCACCCUGAACUUGGGUCAUCUGUGGGUUGUGUUCCUCACAUCAGGAGCGCUCGGGUUCUUCAUGACGGGUUAUCUGCCGCUGGGCUUUGAGAUUGCAGUGGAGCUCACGUACCCAGAGUCAGAGGGAACAUCUUCAGGACUGCUCAACUGCUCAGCGCAGAUGUUUGGAAUUGCAUUCACCAUCAUUCAAGGCAAAAUCAUCGAUCGCUUCAGCACACUGGCCGGAAACAUCUUCCUCUGUGUGUUCCUCUUCAUCGGCUCCAUCAUGACAGUGCUUAUAAAAUCUGACCUGCGGCGACAGAAGGCCAACAGUCAAUCCCAGACAGAGGUGAUCGCUGACUCAUCCGUACAUCCCCAAGAUGGAAAAUCGUUACCGGUAAAAGAGGUGAAGAUGUAAAGACGGAAACCAUCGGAAUCACACUCAGUGUGCAUCACAACUCCAUAUGAACCAUUAUACGCAUAAAUCCUCUUGAAUUUCCUACACAGCCAAUAUCCUGAACAAUGACAGCUCAGUUUACAUACUCAAGCACAACCGAAAGUACGUUUUCUAACUUUACAUUGUUCCUUCAGUGCUCCCACGUCACAACAUUCAGUGGGAAUCAUUCGUGAAACACAAGCACAAAAAAUUGCAGGCCGUUGCAUUCAAUUCAAGUAUGGAUUUAUGAACAAUUCACAUGAACUGCUCAUGUUUUAUGUUGUAAUGUGCAAUUUUCUACACCUUAUGUGUAUCAUGAUGUUUGCAUGAUGGUCCGUUAGAGCUGACCUAAACUUUAGUUAUGAGAACCAAAUGAUUUUAGCACUACAAGUACUAAUCUAGUAUAAAGUGUCUCUGUGACAGACACAUCUAGAUCUGAUUCAGGAGAUCUCGCUCUGUGUUCAGGUUAAUGUGGAAGGUCAAAGUCCUUCAAUGAAACCAUCAAUUCAAUAUAUGGUGCUUUAAAUGUGUGAGUGCCUUGUGAAAGAGCAUCAGUGGUCAGUGGAGAUGUGUGAUGAUACUCACGUCUUAUAUAAUGCAAUACUAACACAACAACAGUGCAGAACACAGGGAAUUAGAAAAGAAUUUAUUUUGGGAACAUCUGCAAUGGUUUAUGUGUGUUGUAGUGUGCAGUGUAAUGUGUGAUUGAUUACGCCGAAUGAAAUCCAAGAUUUUCUCUUACUCAUUUUGGACUGCUGAUUCCAAAAACUGUAUCUGUUUUGCUGAAGCAAAGAAGAGGUUGAAGACGUCUCGCAUUAUCUGUUAAUUACAAACAAACACAUGAUUCCUGUCUGAGCCACAUUACAACUUUUUGUUCAAUUCUCAGC